AUGACCCGACUAGGCCAGGGCAUUAACAAGUGGCUGAGGGCCAGCCACAGCGGCACCGAAUUUGCAAAGACUGGCAGCGACGACGCAGACUGGGACGAGCAUAGAGGUUCGAAAUUCAUCCAGGAACGUGACGAUUUGUUUGCGAAAGCUCCGUUUUCUAUUGAGAAUAGGACUGCGGAGAUGUUGGAUGUUAUGCACUGCUCGAAUGUGGAUUUGAUCCCCUCCGCUAUCUGGGCAAUGAUCGAAAUCCUGCGUAAACCCUAUUUGGCCGAUAAGAUCACUGCAUUCGUCUCCGAACCCCAGGCAACAAAAGCGGUCGCGCCUGAUGAGGAUGGUAUUCUAGCUAGACCCCUCUUCCAGUCUUUACAAGCAGAAGUCAGUCGUCUUCGUUUCGCAAAGUACACCAUCUGCACAAACCCAACCGCCGAAGUUGCUGUUGACAGCGCGUGGACACUUCGUAAAGGAUGCAACGCAGUUUCGUUUUCGCAAGAUCUCGCCCUGAACACGAAAGCGUGGGCAAACGCGCGGCCACGCACUGUCGAAAAACCGUUGGAGGAGUUUUGGGCUGAGCGCUUCUUAAUCGCUGAUAAAGACACUCCACAUAUACAGGGUCAGCGAAAGAGCCGCGGUAGCAUGAAUGCGGCGAGAUUCGACGCGCAAGAUCUCGAGCUGCUGGUCCCUGCACUCGGCGAUAAGCAGGCGUUUGGACUUGCUAGCGACUACAUCAAAGCCAUGCAAGCAGCGACCAUGGCUGUCCUACUGAGAGAGUUCGAGAUACAGCUAUGCGAUCCGGAUUUGAUCGAUGCAGCGAUGCCUGAGUUGCGAGAGUCGGCGUUUGGACAGGUGCGACCGAAGGAGAAAAUAGCCGUGCGCAUACGCAAACGCAGGGCUGGCAAGGAGCAGUGA